GACUUGAGCUUGGAGGACGUGCGGUCCAAGUCUGCUGCUGACACGGUGUUUGGGCACGAGGCGAGCCAGCAAGAGGUCCUUCAGUCCAUUCUGGAGCCCCAGUUGGACAGGUUUCUGCAGGAGCCAGGGUUCAGCGCCGUGUUUCUGGCGUAUGGUCAGACUGGCAGCGGAAAAACUCACACUAUCUUUGGGCCACCGGGUGUCCUCACGGAACACGACUAUAACGAGAGCGGAGGCUACCCCAAGACAUGGGGUUUCUUCCCCUACGCAGCAGUGGCAACGCUGACGGAACUGCGACAAAAAGGACUGCAAAAGCGGGCGCAGCUUAAGUUGACAGCCAUGGAGAUCUAUUUGGAGAAGAUGUUCGACCUCCUCAACGAUCGCCAGCACGUAGCAGUUCCUGGAGCAUCUGUUCGUGCGGGUUCGAUGCGUGCUGAUUAUUCGGAGACACGUUACGACUCUGAUGGGAAGUGGCGUCCGCCUGGAAAAUGGCUGGGUGAGAAGACAAUGCCUGGAAUUCAAGCGACAGCCAAGGAGGUCGUGAUGGAAUCUCCUUUGGACGUCGUCCACGCCGCGCGGCUCGUUGAGGCCACGCGCUCUGCAACUUCUCAUGCCCUCAACCACAGGUCGAGCCGAUCUCACUGCAUGAUCACCUUGACCCUCCGGCAAAUCGAUGCCAACGGCAAAUUGUGCCACGGCCGCCUGGUGUUCGUGGACCUGGCUGGCUCUGAGCGUGUGGGAAAGUCGGGUGUCAGCGCAGAUGGCACCGGUGGCGCAAGGGCUUUCAAUUUGCCUGGGCGCCUCACUGUGGACAUUCCCGGAACCCGCUUUGAUGAGGCUCGCUCGGUGAACUGUUCCCUGAGCGCUUUGGGCCGUGUGAUCGCUGCACUAGCUCGACGAGACAAGUACGUGUCCUUCCGUGACUCUGCCUUGACCCAAAUGCUGAAGGAUCCCCUAACCGGUGGCGCAGCCCAUGUGACUGUCAUCCUGGCUUUGCGCGCCGAGAAGUCAAACGACUCAGAAACCCAAUCCACCAUGCGGUUUGGAACGGUCUGCAAAGAUGCCGCUGGGAGUGGCAACAUGAGAUCACGAGCCUCCAAGAGUGUUCCUGCACGAAAAGGGGCAACUGUUGACGUGUCCAAGGCCGUAGCAGAACUCCAGAAGGAGCUCGCAGCUGUCACAGAGGAAGUCGAGCGCAUGAAAGCUGACGGCCAAGAUGAACACCUCAACACCCAAGGCUUUGCUGCCCCGACUGUACAGGGCUUCCUGGACAACAAGCGCAAGUUCGAAGAGGCAAAGCGGCAGGCCACCCGCUACAAGGAGCUCCUGGCUGAACGCCGGAGCGAGCUGCGCCUGGCGGGAGAGAAGGAGGAGGGAGACCGGCGCAUGGAGGAGCUACAGGCAUCUCUGGUACUCGCGCAGCAGGCGACCUUUGUGGCAUCGGGCAUCUUCUACCGCCAGGUGACUACAGGCAUCUGGUCAGCCAGGACCCCGGCCAUGGAGCAGAAGAUGGCCUUAAGGGACCGGCUUGCCAUGGAGAUCGACUUCUUAGAGUCUGCGGAGACUCGCAACUCCAAUGCAGCCCACCCUAGCAAGGAUUAG